UAAAAAAGGCGAAGAAUGGGGUGGGGGCGGGGGGAGGCAGAAAAACUGAAAAAGGAAAGAAACCAAUCCAAUGCUUUACGGGAAACUGACAUUAAUACGGUACCGUCGAUUGUAUCUGUUUUUUGCUUUUUCUCACACUCACAUUUGUAGAAAACCUGCACAAAUUUUUCCUCUCUUUUAGCAUAUACUUUAUCUUUUUAUCCUAAUAUUUUCCUUUUUACAUCAGAAAUUCAAGUACCCAAUAAAUUCUUCAAUUUGCUUAUAUUAAAAGUUUUAAUUUUUUAUUGUUAAGAAAAUAAGAAAAACAAGACUGGAAUUUUGGAAUUUGGAUUGAUUUGGGAAAAAGUUUACCCUUUUAACUUGUGGGUGUUUUUGAUCCAAGAAAAAGAAAGAUGAAGUUUUGCAAGACAUAUGAAGAAUACAUGCAAAACUUGGAGAGAGAAUUACCAGGUGUUGGAUUCAAAAAUCUGAAGAAAAUCUUGAAGAAGUGUAGGCUAGACCUUGAAUCUCACAAUUCUCAUGAAAAUGUUGAUUCAAUUGCUUCGAAUUGCCCUAAUCAAUGUCCGGUAUGCGAUGGCACAUUUUUCCCAUCACUUCUCAAAGAAAUGUCUGAUGUAGUGGGUUGUUUCAAUAAGCGUGCUCAGAAGUUGCUCGAGUUGCAUUUAGCAACUGGAUUUAAGAAGUAUUAUGUAUGGUGUAAAAGCAAGCAGCACCAUAUUUCUCUUAUACGAGAGGGACGAGACCUUGUUACUUAUGCCUUGAUCAAUGCUAUUGCAGUUAGGAAAAUUUUGAAGAAAUAUGAUAAGGUUCAUUACUCUAAGCAAGGUCAAGCAUUCAAAUCACGCGCUCAGAGUAUGCACGUUGAGAUCCUCCAAUCUCCAUGGCUCUGUGAGCUAAUGGCUUUUCACAUCAAUCUGAGGGAUAAAAAGGCAAAGACAAUAAAGGGGUCUUAUUUCUUUGAUGGCUGCUUUCUCAAAUUUACUGAUGGAAAGCCAUCUCUGACUUGUGAGCUCUUUGAUUCUGUGAAGGUCGAUAUAGACUUGACUUGUUCUAUCUGUUUGGACACAGUGUUUGAUCCUGUUGCACUUAAUUGUGGUCAUAUUUUCUGUUAUAUGUGCGCUUGCAAUGCUGCAUCAGUGACUAUAGUUGAUGGACUGCAAGCUGCAUCUCUGAAGGAGAAGUGUGCUUUGUGUCGAGAGUUGGGAGUCUAUGUGGGUGCUCUACACUUAGAGGAGCUUAAUAUUUUAUUGAGCCGAAGGUACACUUUUUCGAGUUUCUCAAAUUUCAGAUUUUUGAAACAAUUCCUUGCGGCGCGAAGAAUGAAACGAAGAACCAAAAUCCAAGAUUCAUGAACGAGUGUCAUGAAUACUGGGAAGAAAGACUUCAGUCAGAGAGGCAAGAGAGGGUAAAGCAAGCCAAGGAACAUUGGGAAACUCAGUGCCGAGCUUUCAUGGGUGUCUGAACUCAAAUGCAGCUUCUGGUUUCGUUAGCCUUGUUUAUGUGGUGUGUCCUUCGGACUCUGAUUCGGACUAACUUAAAUUUGAUUGAUGGAAUUCUGGUGCUUCCCCUUGUGCAUAUUUUCCAGUAAAGUUCCGUUUGUAAAAUAAACUUUUUUUUUAGCAAUUUAGAUACUGCAUAAACUUGUCAAACAGAUUUUUCUGACUGAACUUUGGAAUGCUUUAGGCAAUCUUUAUUUUUAGAUGUUCUGUAAAUCACUCGCUUUCAGCGUUUCAGGUGUUAUGAGAAUCAUGUUGUUUUUUAGAAA